CACUUUUUUGUUUUGCAUUUUUGCAGUAGUUAUUUUUGGUCAUAACAACGAAACGAGUGCGGCUUAGUAUAAAAUCGCGGCUUAAGCCCACAAACUCCUAAAACGUGUACAAUAAAAAGUAUUAUUCCAUGAUUCGCCUAUAGAAUUAAAAUGUUGUGAGUACACUUUGAAUGUACGACCACAUCAUAAAGCCUGUCACUAUACGAUAAACAAUAUUUAUCUCAACUCAAAACCGCGCAAUUAAAUUAUUACGAAAUCCUUUCUACCUUAACUCUAGAAUUUCACCACAACCAACUAUUAACACUGGCUUAUUAAUAAUUUAAAUAAUAAUCUUGCCGUUCUUGAUUAAGAACAAAAACAAAUCAAAUGAAAAAUGCUUUCAUUUCAAAGAUUAUGCUUCAAAGCAGGGAAUCACUAUCAUCAAAGUCGAAUUGCAUUGCAACGACAACUUUUGUACAACAAAUCAAGGCCAUCAACUUUAAGUGCAAUUCGACUAGAACAACACCCGCCUCGUCUGAGAAACGAUGCAGUAUUAAAUGAUGUUAGACGUUCUAUGAGCAAUGACUUAGAUCGAUGUAGUUCGAGUGGUGUGGCAAAAGAAACAAAUCACCAACCACCUAAAGGUCAGAGUUCGCUGGUAGAACAAUUGAAAAAUGCUGUCUCACCAUAUGGAAGAUUGAUGCGCAUCGAUCGACCUAUAGGUUCCAUGCUCCUAUUCUGGCCAUGUGGAUGGAGUAUAGCUCUGAGCGCGCCAGCAGGCUGUUGGCCCGAUCCCGUUAUGCUGGGACUCUUUGCCACCGGUGCCUUCAUUAUGCGUGGAGCCGGCUGCACCAUCAACGAUCUAUGGGACAAAGACCUAGACGCCAAAGUUGAACGGACUAAAAAUCGUCCCUUGGCAAGUGUUCAAAUAUCCCAAUUCGAUGCCAUCAUAUUCCUCUCUGCACAACUUAGCCUGGGGCUUCUGGUUUUGCUGCAACUUAAUUUACAAUCGAUUAUUCUUGGUGCUUGUUCCUUGGGUCUGGUUGUCACCUACCCUCUCAUGAAGCGUAUAACUUAUUGGCCACAAUUGGUCCUCGGUAUGGCUUUCAAUUGGGGUGCUCUAUUAGGGUGGUGUGCAACGCAUGGAGCGGUCAAUUGGUCGGCUUGUUUGCCACUUUACUUGUCGGGAAUAUGUUGGACUGUCGUCUAUGAUACAAUCUAUGCGCAUCAAGAUAAGAUCGAUGAUGUGCAAGCUGGAAUAAAAUCGACUGCUUUGAGAUUUGGUGACAACACAAAACUCUGGCUGUCGGGAUUCUCAACGGUGAUGCUGUCGAGUUUGGUGGUUGCGGGUUUGUCUUGUGAUCAAACUUGGCCAUAUUACACAGCUUUGGGAAUGGUUGGAGGACAUUUGGUACAACAGAUUUAUUCUCUAGACAUCGAUAAUCCCACGGACUGUGCGAAAAAAUUCUUCUCAAACCACCAAGUCGGACUCAUCCUCUUCCUCGGAAUAGUCCUUGGUACUGUGAUGAAAACCAAGGACAAGCAGACAUCUUCCACCUCCGGACAGAAUCAGAAUCAGACCUCCUCCAGUUCCACCUCCACCUAUGUACAAAUUCCAACGCAACCAGCAAUAUUAUCGAAUUCGGUGUGACGCGAAUGCGGUACAAAACUAUUAUUUGCUUUUUUGUAUAAAAUCCAGCUGACACCAAAGUAAAGUAGAAAACCCACGUGAAUUGAAAAUAGUUUAGUUUUGAAAAAAAAGAAAAGAAAUGAAUACAAUUUUUAUUGAGUUGAGUUAAAUAUUUAUAAAAUUAUAAUAUAAUUCAUUUGUAGAAGGUGAUAAAAAUGA